UUAUUGUUCAUAAUCAUAUCAAUUUUCGUCACACGACUUCGAGAUUUGAUUCUUAUAGUUUUCUCUGUCUUCUCCUAUUUGUUGUAUGGGCAGUAGAAUUUUCCAUAUAUCCGGGACAGGUGUUGAAUCAUUCCUAUUACAUGUAUUUGCAGUUGAUUCGAUAAACAAAGCUUAUGUUUCACUGUGUGAUACAUUUAAUAAUCAAACUAAUAUGGAAUUACUUAAUACCACAGUGCCCAAGUUUUACACAUAUAUUGAUAUCGGAUGCCUUGCAUGUGUCAACUUCAUCUCUUCAGACUCCAAACUUACAAAGGCUGAAAAUACGGCGGAUAAAAAUUGUGAAGAUACUAACCAAGGCCUUUGUGGUUUUCUGCUUUGUAUCCAGCUUGUUAUGGUUUGACACAUGUUCUUAUGUUCCCCGUGAUAGUUGCCUCGUCCACACUGCUGAGGAAAAACUCGCGACUCCAGAACGACAUUCAGAAACAGUAUUCAUGUGUGAUGCAGUUGCACAUAGUCUACUUGAAAGCCUUUGUCACUUUUAGACAAACGCGAGAAAUACCUACUGUCUGUCUGUCUGGAUUCAACA